GCUCUGUGACUCCUUGAGCCUGGUUGGGGACUUCGCGCGCAACUGCUCAGGCGUCGGGUUCUCCUGCUACAGGAGGAAGGUGGCGGGGUGACUAGAGGGCAUUGACCUGAGGUCCCCUGCGGUGCCUGUUACAUCCCGCUCCUUUGGGUGAUCCUAGACAGCAGCCCAUCCGCGCCACGCCUCGGUCUCUUUAUCUGCAGCAUCAAGGGUUUGGACAGGAUGCUGACCCCGCUCACCGUGGUGGACAGAAGGGCUGCUGGGACUCCCACGCCUGAAUGCCUAUUCCUGCUUCUGCCUUUUCCGUCCUUCUGGUGUGGGUUACGUCGUCUGGCCUGAGUUCCAGCCGCCACAUUGGCAUUCAUUUUUUCAUUCAUCAGUAAAAGUUUUUUCACAGUAAAAGUUUUCGGGCACCUUCUACAGCCAGUCACUGGCCUAGGCACCACAUUCGUGAGCAGGAGAGACCCUGCCUUGCCUGCUUGAGGUUCACAGCCUCAAGGAGAACGACGAGUUGCAAGUUUACAAGUGAACUAUCAGUUAUGACACCGCAUGGGGAGUCUGCGAUGGAGCACUGGCAAUGCUAGUAUUUAUUGAGUGCUGACUGUUUACCAGGCACUGAACUAGACCCUCUGCCUAAAUGAUCUCGAUGAAUCUCCACAACAGUUUGAGUUGAUUUCAUGAAUGUCUCUGCUUUGCAGAUGAGGAAACUGAGGCACAGAGGAGUUAAGUAACUUGCUAAAGUGACAGACGUGUCUAACCCCAAAGCCACUGUGUUCUCUGCAUGGAUGAGGGACGGGGUGGCUGCUUGAAGGAGACCAGUGGAUGCUUCAUAUGCAAGUGGCCCUCAUGGAAUUGGCUGUGCAUGGCAACGCCUGGCGUAUGGCAGGCAUUCCAUCAGUAGUGAAAGACGACACUCAAAAUCUGCUCAAGAAUUUGGAGUCUAAUGCGCAGACCCCCUUGGAAACUGUUUCCCCAUCAAGGAGGAGGAAGAGAGAAGUGCAGAUGUCAAAGGACAAGGAAGCUGUUGAUGAAUGUGAGCCGCCUUCCAACAGCAAUAUCACAGCAUUCGCCCUGAAGGCCAAAGUCAUCUACCCCAUCAAUCAGAAGUUCCGGCCUCUGGCCGAUGGCUCCUCCAACCCGUCUCUGCAUGAAAACUUAAAGCAGGCUGUUUUGCCGCACCAGCCGGUAGAGGCCUCCCCUUCCAGCAGCCUGGGGAGCCUGAGCCAGGGUGAGAAGGACGACUGCAGCUCCUCAUCCAGCGUCCACUCGGCCACCAGCGAUGACAGGUUUCUCAGCCGCACCUUCCUCCGGGUGAACGCCUUCCCCGAGGUGCUGGCUUGUGAGAGCAUAGACAUCGACCUAUGUAUCUACAGCCUUCACUUAAAAGACCUGCUGCAUUUGGACACAGCACUGAGGCAGGAAAAGCACAUGAUGUUUAUUCAGAUUUUUAAAAUGUGCCUCCUUGACCUUCUUCCUAAAAAGAAGUCAGAUGAUGAAUUCUACCAGAAGAUCCUUUCAAAACAGGAAAAUGAUUUGGAGGAUCUAGAAAAGGGACUUCAGGUCAAACUGUCAAACACAGAAGUGUCGGGGGCUGGUGACUCUGAGUACAUCAGUCUGGCUGAUGUGGAAAAGAAGGAGAGGGAAUACUCUGAACAGCUAAUCGAUAAUAUGGAAGCUUUCUGGAAACAGAUGGCGAACAUCCAGCACUUUCUUGUGGACCAGUUUAAGUGUUCCAGCUCCAAAGCCCGACAGCUCGUGAUGACUCUGACGGAAAGAAUGAUUGCCGCUGAAGGGCUAUUGUGCGAUUCUCAGGAGCUGCAGGCUCUGGAUGCCCUGGAGAGGACGAUGGGGCGGGCACACAUGGCAAAAGUGAUUGAGUUUCUGAAGCUGCAAGUCCAGGAGGAGACGAGGUGCCGGCUGGCUGCCAUCUCCCGUGGCCUGGAGCUGCUGGCCGGUGAGGGGAAGCUGUCCGGGCGGCAGAAGGAGGAGCUGCUCACGCAGCAGCACAGGGCCUUCUGGCAGGAGGCGGAGCACUUCAGCCGGGAGUUUGUCCAGCGAGGCAAAGACCUGGUCAAGGUGUCUCUGGCUCACCAGGUGGAGGGGACGGCAAAACUCACGCUGGCCCAAGAGGAGGAACGGAGAAGCUUCGUGGCUGAGGCCCAGCCGACUGCUGACCCAGAAAAGUUUCUCAAGGCUUUUCACGAGGUCCUGGAGAGGCAGAGGCUGAUGCGAUGUGACCUGGAGGAAGAGGAGAAUGUCAGAGCCACCGAGGCUGUGGUUGCACUCUGCCAGGAGCUGUACUGCAGCACCAUGGACACUUUCCAGAAGUUCGUGGACGCCCUGUUCCUUCAGACGCUCCCUGGCAUGACUGGCCUCCCCGCAGAAGAAUGUGACUACUUGAGGCAGGAAGUCCAGGAGAACGCUGCCUGGCAGCUGGGGAAGUCAGAUCGCUUCCGGAGGCAGCAGUGGGAACUCUUCCAGGAGCUCCAAGAGCGAGACCAGCAGGUGUGGAUGGAGGAGUGUGUGCUGUCCAGCGUGCUGCAGACACACCUGCGGGAGGACCACAAAGGCACCAUCCGCGGCGUCUUGGGCCGACUUGGCGGCCUCACUGAAGAGUCCACGCGGUGUGUCCUGCAGGGGCAUGACCUGCUAUUGCGCUCGGCCCUCCGGAGGCUGGCACUCCGUGGCAACGCCCUGGCCACCCUGACACAGAUGCGGCUGUCGGGGAAGAAGCACCUCCUGCAGGAGCUGCGGGAACAGCGUGCGCUGGAGCAGGGGUCCUCCCAGUGCCUGGACGAGCAUCAGUGGCAGCUGCUCAGGGCCCUGGAGACGCGCGUGCUGGAGGAGGCCAGCCGGCUGGAGGAGGAAGCGCAGCAGACGCGGCUGCAGCUCCAGCAGCGGCUCCUGGCUGAGGCCCAGGAGGUGGGGCAGCUUCUGCAGCAGCACAUGGAGUGUGCCAUUGGGCAGGCGCUGCUGGUGCACGCACGGAAUGCGGCCACCAAGAGCCGGGACAAGGACAGGGAUGACUUCAAGAGGACACUGAUGGAGACAGCAGUGGAGAGCGUCUAUGUGACCAGCACUGGUGUCAGUCGCCUGGUGCAGGCAUAUUACCAGCAUAUCGGAAGGAUCAUGGAGGACCACGAGGAGAGAAAACUGCAGCACCUGAAGACCCUGCAGGGUGAGAGGAUGGAAAAUUACAAGCUGCGGAAAAAGCAAGAACUCAGCAACCCUUCGUCGGGCAGCAGGACGGCAGGUGGUGCUCAUGAGACCUCCCAGGCGGUCCACCAGAGGAUGCUGUCCCAGCAGAAGAGGUUCCUGGCCCAGUUCCCGGUGCACCAGCAGAUGCGUCUGCACGCCCAGCAACAGCAGGCAGGAGUCAUGGACCUUCUGGAAGCCCAGCUGGAGACCCAGCUGCAGGAAGCUGAACAGAACUUCAUCUCCGAGCUGGCAGCCUUGGCCCGAGUGCCCCUCGCUGAAAGCAGACUGUUCCCCGCUAAGCGUGGGCUGCUGGAGAAGCCCCUAAGGACUAAAAAGAAGAAGCCCCUGCCCCGGGAAAGAGGGGACCUGGGGGUGCCCAACGAUGAGGACCUCGCCUCCGGGGACCACACCUCAGGCUCACUCAGCAGGAAAAGGCUGAGUCAGCAAGAAAGUGAAGCUGGGGACAGUGAGAACUCAAAGAAGAUGCUAAAGAGAAGAAGCAACUUGUAGUUUAAGACCAGACAGCGGGACAGGACCCAAAGCCCUGGGUCUGGGUGUGAACUCCGCCUUCCCUCCCACAGCGCCUACAGGGGGCGAGGAGGGAGAGGACAGUGGCAUCUCUACAUCACAGGCUCCUCUGAGAGGGAUGGAGAAAGACUAGAAAUGUGCCCUAAAAGCAUAAAUGAGUAUGGUGGGUGCUGUCACCUGAGAAAACUAGGCAUUCCCAUGUUGGAAACACGUCUGUGUGAGUUUGCAUCUCAUUUGGCUUGGAGCGGUGGCUUGAUGCCUCACGGAUCCUUCUCCCCCAGGAGGGAUGUCUUGAGGGGUCCGAGUCUCAGGCCAAGGACCCCUGAUGCAGACCCUGCAAUCCCUGGGCUGGAGGCCUGUCCUGGCCCACCUGGAGCUGAGGACACACAGAUACAUAAUGACACCUGCAGAAAUGUAUUCUCUGAGGACACUUAGAAUAUGAGGAAGAGGGUGUGGCCCCACCCUCGCUUCACCUGUGGGGUGGCUUCUUCCAGACAGCAGACCCCCUCCCCCUGCAGAGAGAUGUCAUGGGGGUGCCUGCUCUCCCGGAUAGAUGCUGAGAGCAUCCAGAAGCUUCCAGACCAGCUCCUUGUCCACCACAGCCAGGAGAGGCCUUUCCCACCUGGAGAGAAGCGAAGCUUCCAGACCAGCCCCUCACACCACAGCCAGGAGGGACCUUUCCCACCUGGAGAGAAGCUUCCAGACCAGCCCCUCACACCACAGCCAGGAGGGACCUUUCCCACCUGGAGAGAAGCUUCCAGACCAGCCCCUCACACCACAGCCAGGAGGGACCUUUCCCACCUGGAGA